AUGCUCGCUCCUUCCCUCAAGUCUUGCUUGCGCUUUCGUCAAUCCAUCUUGAUUGCUACUCCGUUGCAUAAUAUUCUUGUCAGAACGAUGAGCUAUCGUAGUGAAAGAGAUACAUUUGGUACCAUCGAUGUGCCUGCCGAUAAAUAUUAUGGUGCUCAAACAGCUCGAUCUCUUCAAAAUUUCCCUAUUGGUGGUGAAACAGAACGCAUGCCGAUUCAAAUCAUUCGAGCAUUUGGAUACUUGAAAACCGCUGCUGCUGAAGCCAAUCGUGAAUAUGGCUUAGAUGGUAAACUAGCUGAUGCUAUUAUUCAGGCUGCUCAAGAAGUAUCACAGGGAAAAUUGGAUAAUCACUUUCCUUUAGUCACUUGGCAAACAGGAUCUGGCACUCAAACCAAUAUGAAUGUCAACGAAGUCAUCAGCAAUAGAGCGAUCGAAUUACUAGGUGGAAAAUUGGGCAGCAAAACUCCAAUUCAUCCAAAUGAUCAUGUUAACAAAAGUCAGAGUUCCAAUGAUACUUUCCCCACUGCAAUGCAUAUCGCUGUAGCUAAAGAAGUACAUGAUUCGCUAUUGCCUGGAGUGGAGAAAUUACUAGCGAGUAUUACUAGUAAACGUGAAGAAUUUAAGUCAAUCAUCAAAGUGGGAAGAACCCAUGCACAGGAUGCAACACCUUUAACUUUAGGUCAGGUCUUUAGUGGUUAUGAAACUCAACUCAGGAAUGGCAUCGCAAGGAUAAAAUCUACUCUACCACGCCUAUAUGAGCUAGCCAUUGGAGGAACUGCAGUUGGAACCGGUCUCAAUACUUAUGAAGGAUUUGCUGAAAAAGUUACCAGCAAGGUUGCUCAACUGACUAGCAUUCCAUUCAAAACUGCUACCAAUAAAUUUGAAGCUAUGGCUGCUCAUGAUGCUCUCGUUGAAGUUCAUGGAUCUAUGAAUGUUGUCGCUUGCAGUGUCAUGAAAAUAGCCAACGAUAUUCGUUUCUUGGCUUCUGGACCACGAUGUGGUAUCGGAGAGUUAAUUAUUCCAGCGAACGAACCUGGCAGCAGUAUCAUGCCUGGCAAAGUCAAUCCAACUCAAUGCGAAGCGAUAACUAUGGUGGCCGCACAAGUAAUGGGAAAUCAUACAGCCGUAACUAUUGGUGGUAGCAACGGACAUUUUGAAUUGAAUGUUUUUAAACCCAUGAUGGUGCGUAAUGUACUGCAUUCAGCUCGAAUACUUGGCGAUGCUUGUGCAUGUUUCUCUACCAAUUGUGUUGAGGGCAUUCAAGCUAAUCACGAAAGAAUUAAAGACCUCCUUGAUAAGUCACUCAUGCUUGUCACUGCAUUAAAUACGCAUAUUGGAUACGACAAAGCAUCUGAAAUUGCCAAGAAAGCUUUUGCAGAUGGUACAACAUUAAAAGAGGCUGCGAUAAGCCUAGGUCAUUUGACGGAUGAACAGUUUGACGCAUGGGUUAAUCCAGAAAAGAUGAUUGGUCCAACCAAAUAUGCUUAA